AUGAAUACUGAAAAAAUAGUUGCUGCAUUGAAUAGAAUAUCUGCUGUUGAUGCAAAAGAUUGGAUAGACGAGUCAGAUGAUGAGGAUGCCAACAUUCCGCUAGAGGAAGUGAUAGUUGAAGAAGGUGUUGGAGUCGAUGAAGAGGAGAUUGACCUUGGAGUCGACGAAGAUGAAAAUGAGGCUAACGAAAACGACGAAGAUGAAAACGAGGCUAACGAGAGCGAUGAAAAUGAUGAAAUGGUCGAUGAGCUGGUCGUGGAUGGUGAAGGCGAUGAUGAAGGGGUUGUAGCUGAUUCAUCUGAAGGUGAUGGUGCUUUGAGAAUCGGUCUCCGAUUGCUCAAGAUCACCGACACAUUAGAAGAUCCCAUGGAUUUAUAUUGCGUGAUGGACGCGCAUGUGCGGAUUCGAACGAUUGAUGACAACAUCAAAAAGCUAU